GGGAGGGCCGGCCGCGGAGAGGGGCCAAAGCUCUUCGAAAUCAGCAGACAGAGAGGCUCUGCGGGCGCGCGCGGGGCGGAGGGGAGCGGGGCAGAGGGCCGCCGGGGCGAGGGCCGAGGAGGGGUCCGAGACGCGCCAAGGGGCUGGUAGCUAGGCGACCUGAAUGUCUUCCAUACCUGAAGCCGCAGCCUGAAGAAGCUGAUAGCGGACCCCGAGCGCGCGCGCGCCUUGGCGGGAGCCCUGCGCCUCCUGGGGUCUCCCUGCUCCUUACUUGGACCUCGGGCGGAAGGUCCCCUCCGCGCAGAGCUGAAGCCGCGGCGGGCGGCCCACGGGGGAUCAGACCCUCGGCCAUCCGCGUUUCCCCUCCGCCGUCCGCCGGACCCCCACCUCUUCUCCAAGCUCCACUCCCGACUUUCUUCCCCGCCCCCGGGAAGCUCCGGAAACCCGCACCCCCGGCUCUGAGGUCAGGGCUGGCAGGAGUAAUCCACCCUUUCCAGGGAUUGAGGAGACUGAAGAACGCUGAAGACAGGCUGAUGGGCUCAGCUGGUAGGCUCCACUAUCUCGCCAUGACUGCUGAAAAUCCCACUCCUGGAGACCUGGCUCCGGCCCCCCUCAUCACUUGCAAACUCUGCCUGUGUGAGCAGUCUCUGGACAAGAUGACCACACUCCAGGAAUGCCAGUGCAUCUUUUGCACAGCUUGCCUGAAACAGUACAUGCAGCUGGCAAUCCGAGAAGGAUGUGGGUCUCCCAUCACUUGCCCUGACAUGGUGUGCCUAAACCACGGGACCCUGCAGGAAGCUGAGAUUGCCUGUUUGGUACCUGUGGACCAGUUUCAGCUUUAUCAGAGGUUAAAAUUUGAAAGAGAAGUUCAUCUGGACCCCUACCGAACAUGGUGUCCUGUUGCAGACUGUCAGACAGUGUGCCCUGUUGCAUCGAGUGAUCCAGGACAGCCUGUGCUGGUGGAAUGCCCUUCUUGCCACCUGAAAUUCUGCUCGUGUUGCAAGGAUGCUUGGCAUGCAGAGGUCUCCUGUAGAGACAGUCAGCCUAUUGUCCUGCCAACAGAGCACCGAGCCCUCUUUGGGACAGAUGCAGAAGCCCCCAUUAAGCAGUGCCCAGUUUGCCGGGUUUAUAUCGAACGCAAUGAAGGCUGUGCUCAGAUGAUGUGCAAAAACUGCAAGCAUACAUUUUGCUGGUACUGCCUCCAGAACUUGGAUAAUGACAUUUUCCUCAGACAUUAUGACAAAGGGCCAUGCAGGAAUAAACUUGGCCACUCAAGAGCAUCAGUGAUGUGGAACCGAACACAGGUGGUGGGGAUUCUCGUAGGCUUGGGCAUCAUUGCCUUGGUUACUUCACCCUUGUUACUCCUGGCCUCCCCAUGUAUAAUCUGUUGUGUCUGCAAGUCCUGUCGGGGCAAGAAGAAAAAGCACGACCCAUCCACAACCUAAAGAUCUCUGUGUUCAUACGCCCCAGAUAUGUGAGUUACAUGAGAUGGCACAGUGAUAAAGCCCCAUUUAGUGACCUUGCCUCCUUCUCCUUGCCAACUUUGAAAGUGCCUCUGUGUCCAGACUUUGAACUUGCCUGCCAGCCUUCAGCAUCAGGAAAGGCCAAGUCCUGGGUGCGAGUGUUCCUAUGUAACAAGAACUGGGCUCAACGGUCCAGCUGUUUCUAUGGAGCUUUGGGGUUCCUUGAGAUGAAUGAACAUACCAUUUUAUCAUCCAAAGGAUCUCACUGGACUGUUCAACUUCCAGCCAAAUUCAAGGAGCUUGUGGGAACAUUUGAUAUAACAAAUGUGUUGUCAUUGUUGGCAACAUACAAGAUAACCAAGAAGCUGGAGCCUGUUCUGUGUUGAUUUGACUACCAUGAGAAAUACAGGGGAAACCUGAUGAGGAGAAGGAUAAGACUGCGUAAGGAGAAAUCCUCAUAGGAGCUAUAAAGCAGGCUGCUGAUCUCAGCAGUUGAUAUGGUGGUUGUGCCUCUGCUGGCUACUGGGUGUGCUGUCCCCAUGUUCCCGCUGUGAUUUGGCAGAAACACAAUAGGUUUCUCCUUGUGUGAUCUCAGCUUCAAGCAGGUGAAACUGCUGUGCAGAGGGAGUUGCCCCUUCCCAGUAAAAGAGCUGCAGCCUGUUAAACAAUGUGGUCUAAUUUAGUGUCUCUCCCUUGGUAAAUGUAAGUUUUCUAAGUUGGCCAACUUGUCUCUUACAGCCAGUGGCUGUGGUCUACAAAAUUGUUUCAUAUAAAAUACGGGUAGAGUGGUAGAGUUUCAAAACUUUCAUCAUAGAUAUCUGGGACCUUUCUCAGGAUCUGUGUUCACACAGCCAAUAGAUUUGGAAUCAGGCCUAAGAGUACACAUGGAGGGUAAAUAUUAAAGUGCGUAUUAUGUACAUCUAGAAUCCAUGUGACUUGCAGCCUACCUGUAAUUUCUAUCCAUUGAGCAUGCAUGGAUAUACCCAAUAGUACACAGAAAAUAAAUGUUUACUUAAGAGCCAUUCUA